CGGAGUGGAUGAAGCACGUGAAGUGCAUUUAGAGCCCAGCUUUCAUUUUUCUCUCUCUACCCUUUCUUCUUCUUCUUCCUUUUUCUAAUUUUCACCACUGCCACGAAACAAAACCCUUGUUUUUGAUUCGCCACACUCAGUUUGUGUUUCUAUCUUUCUCGCGCUUAUUUAUUUAUUAUUUGUGGAGAUAGCUGAAAUUUGGAAGAUCUGAUAAGAGAAAUUUGCAAGAUCUGAAAAUAUUAAUUUAGAAGAUGAAGGGCGUGGAGUGGGACGAUGAAGAGAAGGCGAUGGUAGGAGCGGUUCUUGGAGGUGGAGCGUUAGAGUUUUUAAUGAGAAAUUCAGUGUGGAAUGAGAGUGUUUUAAUGGCGGUUGGGAGCGAAGAGGGAGUUCAGAACAAUCUAUCCGAUCUGGUGGAGCGUCCCAACCAAUCGAAUUUCAGUUGGAAUUACGCCAUUUUCUGGCAACUCUCUCAGUCCAAAUCCGGUGACUGGGUUCUGUGUUGGGGCGACGGAUGCUGCAGAGAACCGAACGAAGAAGAAGAGGUUGCUGUGAGAGGAAGAGGAAGGCUUGUGGAGGAAGAGAUGCAUCAGAGGAUGAGAAAGAGAGUGCUGCAGAAGCUUCACACCACUUUCGGUGGUUCCGAUGAAGACAAUUAUGCAGUUGGCCUCGACCACGUCACUGACACCGAGAUGUUCUUUCUGGCCUCCAUGUACUUCUCCUUCCCUCGCGGCCACGGUGGCCCUGGUAAGUGCUUCGCCUCCGGCAACCAUUUAUGGCUCAAAUCUGUUUCCGAUUACUGCGUCCGUUCUUUCUUGGCUAAAUCCGCCGGAAUACAGACUGUUGUUUUGGUCCCCACCGAUUUGGGAGUUGUAGAGUUGGGUUCUGUUAGAAUCUUACCAGAGAGUUUUCAACUCUUGCACACCGUUAAGUCUCUCUUUUCCACGCAUUCUUCUAAUGCCCUUUUCACCGGUUUGGCCAUUGGGGAUGGCAAGGUAGACGCAGGAGUUCCAAUUCCCAAGGUUUUUAGAGAGAAACUUGCUGUUAGGAAAAUGGACGAUAAUAAUAGGACUUGGGGAGGUCACCCCAGGAACGGUCUUCAGGCUGAGAUUUUUGCUCCUAGGGCAUCCACUAGCAGUGUCGCUAAUGCUGUGAGACACGAUUUCAGGCUUGGCAAUACCUAUCAACCUCAAAGGCAGCUGCAAAUGCAAAUUGAUUUCACUGGAGCCACUUCAAGGCCUUCUUCGGUGAAACCAGUUAUUGGUGAAUCAGAAUUAUCUGAUGUUGAGGCUUCCUGCAAGGAGGAGCAACCCAUUCUUGCUGAUGAAAGGAAGCCCAGAAAGCGAGGCAGGAAGCCAGCUAAUGGAAGGGACGAGCCACUCAAUCACGUUGAAGCAGAGAGGCAGAGGCGUGAGAAGCUCAACCAGCGCUUCUAUGCGCUAAGAUCUGUUGUGCCUAAUAUCUCCAAGAUGGAUAAGGCGUCCUUGUUGGGUGAUGCCAUUGCUUAUAUCAAUGAGCUUCAGGCCAAAGUCAGGAUCAUGGAGGCUGAAAGAGAGAGAUUUGGAAGCACUUCAAAGGAUGAAUCAGUUUUGGAGGGCAACUCAAGUUUGGACAUUCAGGAUAAGGAAGCUUCUCGGGUGAAUGUUCAAGCUGUUCGAGAUGAGGUCAUUGUAAAGGUGAGCUGUCCUUUUGAUGCUCACCCUCUUUCCAAAGUAAUACAAACACUCAAUGAGGCACAAAUCAGUGUUGUAGAGUCUAAACUCACAGCUGCAAAUGAUACUAUUUUUCACACAUUUGUAAUUAAAUCACAAGAAUCUGAACAGCUUACAAAGGACAAGUUAAUCGCUGUAUUUUCCCCAACAGAAUCUAACUCAUUGCAGCCAUUGUCAUCAGUUGGAUAACAGGAAGUUGCAGUUAGCAUAGUCCAUAGGAAUGUCAUACAUAGUGAAAAACCAAUUUCAAAAACUUCCUCAGAAAUUUUGUUACACUGCGGAGGAUCUAAAAUGAAAAGAUGGGAGCUAGAGUAGUAGAAUAAUAGCUCCCAUUAACCAUGUAGGCACCGAUUUAUGUUUGUUUGUCUAUAGUAUACACAUUAGAAAUAUUGUUCCUGCAAUGUCAAUUAUUUUAUUUAGUUUAAGCAAUCUAGUCUUUAUGAUUAAAGAGUUUAUGUUUUGAUGUCGUA